AUGCUCCGCAUCUGGAGGGUGUCAGGGCAAGAGCUGCCUCCCCUUAACAUGGAGGACGAGAAGAUCCGUAGCGUAAGGGACCUGAAGCGUUCCCUGCGAAGUCUCCAUGGCUUCCCGCUUUGCAUGCAGCAGCUGCUUCAUGAUGGCAACCCCUUGGAUAACACUACACAGCUGGAUGCUGCGAUGGACUUACAACUCGUCUUGCUGCCCCUGGCCACAGCCGAUCAAAAGUUCGAGGCUGGUAAGGAGCUUCUUAAAGCCUGCGGCAGUGGCGACCUGGAGACUGCGCGGUUCUUGUUGGAGGCUGGGGUCGAUAAGGACUUUCGGAACCCGGACGGUGGGGAAACGCCUCUCCUCCGCGCAGUUGAGGAUGAUGGCCAUGUGCAUAUUGUGCAGCUGCUCUUGAAGGCUGGUGCGCAUGCGAACAGGAGCGAUUACUUUGGCGAAGCCCCACUGAUGUAUGCAGCCCGUAACGGACAUGUGGAGAUUGCGCAGUUGCUGCUGGAAGCUGGUGCCGACAAGAACUUGGAGAACAACGAAGGCGAGACGGCUUUGAUGAUCGCAGCUGGGAACCCCGAGAUGCAAGAGUUGCUGGCAAAUGCCUAA